GCUACGGUUGUUCUUAAACAGUACGUGUGUUCCGUUGCGAGACUUGAAUACGCCGAUGGUUCAGCCACUUGGUAGUUAGUUAUCGUUAAUCAAAUUGAGCAAAAUUAUGUAGUAAAGUAUAAACUUACCAUAGUCAUGUCGGUGAAGAAGUUUGAAUGAGGUCCCAGGCGGUGAUUCUCGGAUGAACGUGUACGCGUAUCGGACAGUUCUUCCACUUUGACGUAUAGCACGAAAUGCAGUGGAAAUUGUGGGUUGGAUCAUUUUGCGUGGCCUGGUGCCCUGGUUGAGCGGAGUCUGGUAAUUUAGACCAUUCCAUUGGUCCUUAAUCUCCUGGGGCACUGGGCCAUGCAAAACGAACUAUCAGUAAGGAUGACGCCACUUCCUGUCAUUCCUGCCAACGGAAGUAGUUAAUUGAGCAAAAUGGCAACCCCUUAUGUUGAAGAUCAAUCUGGGAAAUACAUUGCUGCUACACAGCGACCUGAUGGAACCUGGAGGAAGCCUCGUAGAGUGAAGGAUGGUUAUACCCCUCAGGAAGAGGUCCCUGUCUACGAGAAUAAAUUUGUUAAGUUCUUCAAGGGCAAGCCCGAUCUGCCACCAGGUAUGAGCCCCGACAAUGCGGCCCAGGCAAGGCAGCAGCAGGGGAUCCCCGGCAUUGCAGAGAACGAGACAGCUGGGCUCUCCAAGACAGCCAAGCGAAACAUGAAACGCAAGGAAAAGCGCAAGCAGCAAGGCCCGGAUAGCAAUGUGGAAUCACUAACAAAUGCUGUUGAGACUAUAACGUUUGCCGAGGACGGUAACAGUGUGACGCCUGCAUCUAACCCAGCUGGAGCUACUAAUGACCCUUCAUCUGCAACAGCAGAAAAGGCCAAGAAGAUCAAGAACAUAAAAAAGAAGCUGAGGCAGGUUGAGGAGCUGCAGCAGAAACUGGACUCUGGGGAAAUCAAUCAAGCUACAAAAGAGCAGCAGGAGAAGCUUGGAAGGGCCAAAGCCUUACAGGACGAGUUACUGCAGCUUGAGGAGGAUUCAUGAGAUAGAAAAUGUUGUAAAAAUGGGCAGCAAACCAGUUGUGGAAGUUAGACUGUUCAAAAAUACAAACACCCAGUUCUAAAAGAAAUUGACAUUUACAGCUGCGUUGAUGAGCUUCCCUUGAACAGUUUCUGGAUAUUUGUUGAUAUCAGACAGCCAAUGAACAUGGCUUUUGGAAUAUCAAGUGUACAUAAACCCAACACUUCACGUGUUAUGUUGUUGACAAUAAGUGAUCAUGCUUUUCCCACACUUUGUCCAAAACCAAUUACCAAACAACAAUGAGCCAGCCAGGUGUUUUCUCUUCAUUUAAAAUGUACUUUUAAAACAAUUGAACUGAUUCCUUAUGCUUGGCUAUGAACUUAUUGGCCAUUCAAUUAUAGUUGUAAUAGCAUUUAUUUGUGUACUUAGUAUGUUUGUGCAUUUUGUAUCUUUAAAAAAAUAAUCUUUAUCUGUCAAGAAUAGCAUAAAAUAUUAUAUAUUAGUUAGUUGCAUUAAAGAUACAAAACUCCCCUAUUGAAAAGAAUACCUGUUUGUUGACCCAUCUCUGUACUGAAAUUAUACAUAUUUUCCCAAUGAUUGGAUUACUUCAAAUACAGUUUGAAUUUGUGUACAUAAUGAAGAGGUUCAUGGUUUACAACAUUGUAAACAACUAAUAAUGUAAAUCCCUGUGAUUACAGGGGAUAGAGAGGAUUGUGCUGUUUUUUGAUCUGAUUUCGGCAAUCAGAUAUGAUUAAAUGUUAGAAUGUGAUUCUGGUCCUCUUUGUAGGGAUUCGGAUUUGGUUAUCCAAUCUGACCUUUUAAUCACGAUUAAAUGUCGUUUUUCAAAGGCGAUUUGGAUAGUUUUGAUGCUGAAAUUCUGGAUUAUCUUGAUCUCACUGGAAGGGUGGUUCUAGAAAGGUGAAUGGCACUACAACCAAGACAUUUUAAUGUAAACUGAACAAAAAUAUAAAUGCAACAUGUAAAGGGCCGGUCCCAUGUUUCUUGAGCUGAAAUAAAACAUCUCAGAAAUGUU